GUUUGGGGGAAGACGAACUCCAGAGUCUUUUGCAUCCACCCCCUCAGUUCCUGCUGCAGCCCCGCUCCGCCGCUCCUCCUCUCCUCCGCCCGCAGGAAGCCUAUGAGCGCGAGCGCCAGUAAAAAGCAGAAGUUGUGUCUGAGAGUUCCGUGAGUUUAAAGUCAGUGACAGCAUGGCCGGGGGCUCGGUGUCUGAGUGCAAGGAGUACCUCUUCAAAGUGCUGGUGAUCGGGGAGCUGGGCGUCGGGAAGACCAGCAUCAUCAAGCGCUACGUGCACCAGCUCUUCUCGCAGCACUACAGGGCCACGAUCGGGGUCGACUUCGCCCUGAAGGUCAUCAACUGGGACAGCAAGACCCUGGUGCGGCUCCAGCUGUGGGACAUCGCAGGUCAGGAGCGAUUCGGGAACAUGACGCGGGUGUACUACAAGGAGGCCGUGGGGGCGUUCGUGGUGUUCGACGUGACGCGGGGCUCCACGUUCGAAGCCGUGUCCAAGUGGAAGCACGACCUGGACAGCAAGGUGAAGCUGGCUAACGGCAACCCCAUCCCCUCGGUGCUGCUCGCCAACAAGUGUGACCAGAAGAAGGAGAGCACCAACAACACGGCGCUAAUGGACAGUUUCUGCAAAGAGACUGGAUUCCUGGGCUGGUUUGAAACCUCGGCCAAGGACAACAUCAACGUGGACGGGGCGGCGCACUUCCUGGUCGAGAACAUCUUGGCCAACGACAAAGGCUUGCCGUAUGAGGAGAGCAACGGCGACCGGAUCAAACUGGACCAGGAGACUGUGGCUGCUGAGAGCAAGUCGGGCUGCUGCUAACACUCGAUCCACUCGCAUCACCCGUCAGCCUCCCUUCGGCGGGAUAUGGAUUUUGUUUUGGUCCUCAGAGCUCCGGGAACUUCUCCUCCCUGCGACGCUGCACAUCCAAGUCUCUCACCGCAUCUCCCCCGUGUAAACCAGAACAGAAGCCCAGUUUUAUCUUGAUGUUACCUUUACCUUCUUUCUGCCAGGUCUCCAAACCACAGGGUUUCCGAUUGUUGUGUUUAUCUCGUCACGUAUUCUCCUGAGUGUGUAUAAUAACAGCAACUAUGAACUCUCCCCGACCCUUCCCCACUUCUGCCAUUGCCCUUACAGCCAAUGAAGGAUUGUACGACACCUGUGAAGGGGUGACAAACUAUGCACAACACUGAGAAACACAAAAAACAACCUGUAGCCACUUUGGUCCGUUUCCUCUCCGUAUCUCUCACUACCACAACUAAAGUCUUUCAUUAGUUAACAUGGACCUCGAGCAUCAUCUUACAGCACACUCAUGUUUGCGGGUAAAGCACCACAGCUUAGUGUUAUUGUAGCAUUCGUCAUUGUUGUCUUUAUGGCACAUUUUCUCUUAAAUUAUGUGCUGUCAUAUACUUUUCGUUUCCCCACAAUUUUAAUAUCAGGGUUGGUCGCACUUUUCAUUCUUCACUCAAACACUGAAGGACAAAUACGGUAUUUCAGAAAGAAACUCUAAUAACACUGAGAAAUGUUUAUCUGAUUGUCCGCCAGUAAAAACAAAAAAAACGUAGAUGUGAUUUAGAGUAUGUGUUUUUGAAAUGUGCUGGGUUGUGAGAUUGAAAAAAAAAAAAUCCAACAGAGGACGAUGUUUUCUUGUACAUAUAAAAUAAUCUGUUAAAAAGUGUUCAGAUGAAAUAUGAAGGAUUUUUUUUUAUUAUGGAGAGAAAAUAGAGUUUACAUGUGAAAAUACUUAAAAUCCACACAGCAAAGAAGAAUAAGCAUUUUAACAGAUUUGUGUUGUGUUGUAGGGAUGAGCCUGUCGAUGUACUUAUCUAGAUGAUUCAAUGUGUUUAUCUAAUGUAUUUAUAUUGCAGAAACAAAUCAUAUAAACUGUGGAUGAGUAAAUGAUGCCUGUACUAUAUAUUAUACCUAAAGCUCGGUAUUUGGCUUGAAUACAGUAUAAACAUUU